UUGCAAUGGGGUUUCUCUUCGGCCAUGGGUGUUGACGCAGGGCGGUCGCAGCGCUGCUAGUAGAGGAAUUGAAGAGUGUGUCUUUGGCAGAAGAGGCGGAAAACCUGAAGAAGGGGUCAAUUCUUCAAUACAGCACAAAUGAUGCGCCUCUGACUCCAAACCCCGUAGAAUUAAUUGCGCUUCGUGUCCGAGUCUGCUUCGGCGACAUGCCCCUCCAUGAGCCGACGCCGCCCAACUUUUUUUGUGAAGGCUGCCCCACAGUCGCCGGCAUCGGCUCUGUCCAAUCAGCGAGCAGACAUGCCGCCAUCGUCAUUGGUAUCAAUCCCACAUUUCCGAACCGCUGUGCGACUUCAUAUCUGAUAGUCGUACCGCUCUCGUCUCCGUGCUGGGACUGGAUCCUGGAUCUCCUUCCUUUCCCUUCAGCAUGUCAGACAUCCAACGCUACCUGUUGGACUAUGACCGCAACAAGCAGGAAGCGACCGCCGUAGCGCAGCAGUCGGCGAAGCGAUUGGAAAAUGGCGAGUUGAAGCUGCUCACGCUCAUCGGAGAGCUGGGAGAGUAUUUGAACAGCGAGGAUGCCACUGUCAGGAGUAGAACUGUGGGAUACCUCGCCGAGGUCCUGGCCGCUGUUCCGCAGAAGGUCCUCUCCCUUCAGCAAAGAAACCUCUUAUGCGACUUCGUCCUUUCCCGUAUCGAAGACCGCGGAAGUUUAGGCUCGUGCGCGAGAGCACUGAUUGCUCUUGAGGAGCGAGGGAAGUGGGAGAAUGAGAGAGUUACAAAGAUCAUGGAAUCUUUACUCGAGGACACCCACCCUCUCAGCCAGUACAAACUGCAGAGCGAACGAUACCCCGUCCUACGUCUAAUAGACAUGAUGAUGGCCAAAUACAGAGACGCCCUACGGAAUCUGCACGACUCCUCACCCGACUUCAUGUCCAAAUUCAUACUAUACUUUGAUGGCGAGAAAGACCCCCGGAACCUCAUGAUUGUCUUUGCCAUCUUGAAGGUUCCUAUGACGGAAUGGAGUAUCGGUGCCGACGCUCAGCUGCUGUUUGAUGCCGUCUUCAAUUACUUCCCCAUCACCUUCCGACCGCGUCCCGAAGAUCCCUACGGGAUAACUGCUCAGGACCUAAAGGACCGUUUAAGAGAAUGCAUUGCUUCCACCCCGGACUUUGCUCCCUACGCUUUCCCUGCCCUGUUGGAUAAACUGGAUUCCACAUCAAUGAACACGAAGCGGGACGUCUUACAGGCCAUCACGGCUACCGCCUCGGAAUACGGCCAUCAGACGAUGUCACUGUACUCAAUCACCCUUUGGGAUGCCCUCAAAUUCGAAAUUCUGAACGUACAAGAGGAGGACCUUGCAGAAGAAGCGCUUAAUGGCCUGGCAGCGAUCGCAAAGACUCUAUCACAAGGCACAGCAGGGCCAUUCGAGGCAUACCUUCGGCCUAUAAUGAAGGAGUGCAAUGAACAUCUGGAAGAUGCCCCUACGAAACAGUCGCAAGCCUCUGCAAGGAUAUUGAGUAAGAUCGCUGACGUAUCGGCUGGCGUGUGCAACACCCUGCUUUCCGGAAUUCUCCCCCAUCUCCUUCGUCUAUUCCAGACUGCGGAUACUAUUGCAAAAAGAAGGGGUUUGCUGGAGGUCAUGGUUCAAAUGAUUCGCGCAAACAUCCACGUUUACGGGGAUUGGCGCUCGAUUGGCACAGCUGGAGAGCAUCCUCCUGUCAAUACCUUGAUACAAUUCAAGGAUCAAGCGUUGGAAGUCAUGUUGAAUGGCCUAGAGACCGCUCCUGUCAAAGAAGUCUCCUUCCGUAUGGUCUGUUUAGAUGGCCUGCUACGGUUGGCCCAGGUACGCGAACUCCUCAGCGACGAAGACAUCGGCAGAAUUAUCGAAUUGUUCCAUUCGAUAGUCAUCCACGAAGAGUCUUAUGGCAAGGACGAAGUUAAAGAAGCGGCCAUUAGUGGACUCGUCGAUAUUGCACAUCAGAAACCUUCGCUGGUCGUCGACAAGGCUUUCCCAGCCUUCAUGGCACAACUUCCGGACAGUGAUUCUGACGGCUCGAAAGGGUACGUCCAGAUACUGGAGGCUUUCGCUAAGCUGGCGAGCGAAGAGCGGGUGUUCGAUACGGUCAUCGUACGACUGAAGAACAAAUUCCAUACCGCAGUAAAGCAGAAUGCAUCGCGCACCUACAUUGUCGCACUUCUUUCCGCUAUCUUGUACGCUCUCAACGCCAAUAUUGGAAAGGUUGAGCAGGCCCCUGGUGCCACACUCUACUAUCAGGAUAUUGUUCUUCCUCUCUUAAGAAUGGCUUCCGGAACAGAGGGCGAACGCCCGAAGGCAUUCGAAGAUGAAAGAACUCUUGACCUAGUUGGGAGGAUAUGCAAUGUGAUCCUGAGAUAUCAGUCUGUUGAGCUGCAGAGCCAGAUUUCGCCAGAACUGUACACUCUUUUCAAGGGGGUGCCGCAGGACCGGGUGCCGCCUUUCAACAGCAGCACGCCUCCCGAACAAACUAAGACAAUGGUCGUGUCCACGCACUUGCUGGCCUCUUUCCGCAAAGAAACCGCACUACCAUGCGAGGUGCAGGUACUCAUAUCCUCUUUGGUAGACUUCUCCCAGCAAACGUAUAUAUCGAGUCCGGUGCGCUCAGCAUCGCUCCGUCAAAUAUCCCUGCUAUUUAACAAGUACAUCCCGACCCCUUCGCUCAGGACCUGCAUGGAGCCCCUGAUCAACCCACCCGUCGACCUCUUCUCGACUGAAAAGCUCGACCCAUCGAGGAUACGCAUCAUCUUUGCCUGUCUGAGAGCCUUACUCCUCCGAAACAGUCCGUCUCUAUCAUCACUCUACCCUCGUCUCCUAUCGUUUCUAUCACACCCGACGCAGGGCGCGACGGUCGCAAGGGGUUUCGCGACCCUGCUCCAGCCGGACGACUUGCUAACGAAGCAAAAUCACUGUCAGAUAUCCGGCCUGCAUAAACAGAAAUCUUUCGCACUAUUAGUCCCCAGCAUCACGCAAUCAUUCCGAGAAGCAAGUCCCGAGAUGAAACCGAACUAUCUGAUCGCGUUGAGUGGCAUACUAAAGUGGAUACCCUUCGAGGUCGUGGUCGAGGAGGUGGUACAGCUAGCGCCGCUGUUGCUCCAGAGUCUCGAUCUUCGAGGCGAGGACCUUGUCAAAGAAGCCGCCAUUGGCACGCUUACGUCCAUUGUCCAGGAGAGUCCCAAAGCCGUCGAAGGCCACGCGGGGGCUCUCAUCGCCCGCCUCUUGGAUAAUUCCACGCCCUCGCCGAGUCGAAACGCACCCAUGGCUGCUGCGGGCGUAACGGAGUCUACCACCACACCGGCUCGUGUCCGCGCAAUGGCACUCGUAUGCUUGACUUUGGUGGCUCAGAAGUUCAGGCAGGAAAUUGUGUUGCCGUAUCGCAAGCAGGUCGUCAAGAUGUUGACUGGGGCGUUGGAUGAUAAGAAACGCGAGGUGCGGAGUGCGGCUGUCAAAUGCAGGACCACAUGGAUCGUAAUAGAUGAGCCAGGUGACGAUGACUGA